ACACAAUCUAGGGGUCGUGGGGUCGUUCAAUUGAACUGUGGGAUACUAGUAUUCGACCUUUUCGCACGACGUGCAUUUUGUGGCUUACAAGUGGACAUUGCCCCAAAUUCACGAUGGUUGCAUCAAAAAAACAGAAAAAGCAGAUGGAGAGUAUAAACUCUCGUCUGCAGCUUGUCAUGAAGAGUGGGAAAUAUCAUCUUGGGUUGAAGCAAACACUCAAAGCACUUCGACAAGGCAAGGCAAAGCUUGUCAUCCUAGCCAGUAACACACCACAAUUGAGGAAAAGUGAGAUCGAAUACUACGCUAUGUUGGCAAAAACAGGCGUACAUCAUUAUACUGGAAACAACAUUGAGCUAGGAACAGCCUGCGGUAAAUACUUCCGAGUAUGUACCCUUUGCAUUACAGAUCCUGGUGAUAGUGACAUCAUUCGUAGUAUGCCAUCGGAGCAGUCAUAAGGAUUUGUCAAAUUAUUCCGCUAAAUCACAGGUUUAUAUCUUGUAAAUGAAGUACAAUAAAUGAUGUCUUAAAAUUAA